UAUUGGUUGCCUCAAUCCGGAGUAAAUUAAAACAAAAUUCUAAAAAAAAAAAAAAAAAUCGAACUCGUUGGAAUGCAGCACGAUCAGGUCUUGAGAGGUCAAAUAUUUUACACACAAAACGGUGAUCGAUAGAUUGAUCGUUAAAAAUUAAAACAAUUCCACCUGUGAUCGUAAAAAUGUAAUAAAAAUUAAUAUCGUAAAAAAAUAUCUGCAAACUUAAAAGAUACAAAAAAAAAAAAUUAGAUUCAAUAAAAAUAUUUUAAAAGUGAUAGAAAGUUAUUAAGAAAAAAAAGAUAUUAUAAAUCUAAAAAAUAUCUAUAAUGGUUGAUCGUUUACGAUAUUAAAACGCGUUUUGCGGUGUGAUAUUUCGAAUUCCGCACCUCCCGCCAUAUAACAACAACAACAACAAAAAACCACCAAUACCACUCUACUAAAAAAAUUAUUAUCUUAAGCUAUUUUGUGCAUUUGUUUUGUUAUCACGUGUAAAAUAAGUGUAGAUAUUAUUUUUUUUUUUAUAUUAAUUUAAUACACACAAAAAGAAAAAUAUUCAUAGAAGUGAAAAUAUAUAUACAUAAAAUAUAUCUAUAGAUAUAAAAAAAAAAAAAUAAAUAAAAAUAUUUUUUCUGUUGAAGCAUAAAGUGCAGUGUGUGCAGUGUGUGACCGUCACCAAUUGGGAAUUUAUUUAAUACAAAAAAAAAAAAUUAAAUAAAUAAAAAAAAAAUUAUCGUCAGAUAAAAAAGUCGAGAGAAAAAAAAGGAAAUUUUUUUUUUUUUAAUUUUUUGAAUAAAUUCUGUUCACUGAUUGUCUACUGGAUUUGAUCAAACAUUUACUUGGAUUUUUUUUUUUUAAUUUCGUUUGUUUUGUUUGUUUGUUUGUAUCUUACGGAUUAACUUCAGAGUAGAGAAGAACUUAAGAAAAAAAAAAUAAUAAAAACACAUAUGGACUAACAAACAUAUGGACACAAUGUGUUAGCAUAGUGUGUGCAGAAAAUAUUUCCGACAGCAAAUCGCAGUUAGUAAUGAAUGAUGCAGCAUGCGAGCUUUUUGUACCGUCAGCGCGCCAUUAGAAGUAUGCGCGUCAUCAGCCGAACAACUAUCACCGGGCUCCCGUUUUUUAGCUCUAAGAUUAUUAGGAACACAACAACCCAGAACAUUAUACUUCCUAGUCGAUGCGAAGAGUCGAGUCAGAGAAGUAUACACACAAACAUGCCUACAUUUUGCAACGCAAGGAAUGCUAGACACCGAACUCUUCGGUUUAGCAGUACUUAUAGAUGGCGAAUACAUGUUUGCCGACCCAGAAAGCAAACUCUCAAAGUACGGUCCAAAAAGUUGGCGAUCAUCUCACACUCAUGGACUCGAUGCCAAUGGUCGUCCUCUCUUAGAACUACAUUUUCGAGUGCAGUUCUACAUCGAGAGCCCGUUCAUGUUGAAAGAUGAGACCUCACGUCACAAUUAUUAUUUACAAUUAAAAGAAAAUGCCCUCAAUCGAUGCGAUGUUCCUAGGGAUUACUCUGAGCAAUCAAUGAUUUUACUUGCUGGUUUAGCUUUGCAAGCCGAUCUCGGCGAUUGCCCCGAGGAUGAAGUUACAGAUUCAGCAAUGUCAUCAGCUGGAUGUGGUGGUACGGGGAGUGGAAGUAGUGAUAGUAAUAUUAGCACAGCUGGGCCGCUAACAACAACACCAGCCUUGCUGCCUUCUAGCAAAGCUCUUACACCAUCGGUAAUAAUUUCUGGUCAUAAAAUGAAAGCAAUCGUUGAUAAACUAUCACCGGCUAUUGUUGCUGCUGUAACAUCAUUGUCUGCUGCUUCAUCAUCGUCAUCGAUUAAUGUUCCGGAUUAUUUUCGUCCAGAUGAAUACCUCCCGCCAAGUUUGAGAACUCUACGAGCCGUGAAUGCAUUGCGAGCGUGUCAUCGCGAGAAUCGGGGAAUGUCACGAGCUAAUGCUGAAUUGCAUUAUAUUCAGCAAGCUUGCAUGCAUGAGGGUAUCAAUGCUCACAUGUAUCGCAUGAAAAUGGCCAAAAGUGAAAGUGGACCUGGGAACUCUUGGUUUGCUGUAUAUGCCAAGGGUAUUAAAAUUAGUAGUGACAAUACCCAGCCAACAACAUUCCUCUGGCCGAAUAUCACAAAGCUGAGUUUUGAGCGUAAAAAGUUUGAAAUCCGAUCUGGCGACAACAAGAUCAUAUUGUACGCCACAAGCGAUGAAAAGAAUAAAAUGCUGCUAACUCUUUGCAAAGAGACCCAUCAAUUUAGCAUGAAAAUCGCUGCUCGUCUCAAGGAAGUAAUCAAACGGGAAGAAGAAGAAAGUAACAGCCUGCAUGCGUGCUACAUAUAUUCCCGCAGCCUUCAUUUGCCAUAUAAGAAUAAGAACGAUCAGCGAAUUUCAGUGAUAUCCAGCACAAGUUCGAACACCACCUCAGGAAUAGUUAGCGAUCGUGUGCAUUCGGAAGAUGAACUCGAGAUCAUGAUCAAUACACCUCCAGCACCAAUAGCAGCGCCAUCUACUGAAAGCUUGGCCUUGGUCCAUCUUUUGGAUAGGCCAAGUGUCAGCAGACAAACAUCAUCAGUUGGGCAGGUAUCACUUAAAGAUUUGGAAGAUCAACUUGCUGCACUCUCGGUUCGACAAAAGUCUUCCGAAAGAAGUUCUCCAACGGAACAGGUUACGGAACAGAAAGCUAGUACAGAUUCACCAGGCUCUCAACACAAUAUAGGAUCACAGUGUUCAUCGACGUGCAGUACAGUUGUAGUAGCUACAGAAACAACAGCUCUUACGACUCUAGCUGUUCACUCUACUUCAGCAAAUCGUCGUUCAUCGACAUCGAGUAGUCUUGAGCUGGGUUUCAGCCAUACUGCACAGAAUUCGCAGCUGAGUGAGGGUGAGAGUACUUGUAUUGACCAUGAUUUCAUUGCAUCAACUCAAGAUGAAACAGAGAGCAACUCUGGCGUGUACACUCUUGCUCAUGGGGCUCCACCAACGGAAACUUCUGGUGUCUAUACCAUGCAUAGCAGCGAGAUGACUGGGCAAUCAUCUGAAAUCGCAGAGUCAGAAAGUGCAACCAGUUCGCACUAUGGCAUCUUUCAGCCUAAAAGCGAGCUUGGCAAAUCACCGACAAUAGAUUCUGUUGAUGGUGGUUAUCGCAAUAACCGAAUAAAAAACGAAGAAAUUCCUGAUUUCCGAUUGCGAUCAGACUCGAAUGUUAGUGCCAGUGGGUCUUUUCGUGGUGAUGGAAGUGAUCCGACCGAUAACAAGCAUGCAUUACUAAGUGCUGAGGAACUUACAGAUCUAAUUGUGGGACGUGGAACGUAUCCAUGUCGCAAGACUGUUUCCAAUACCCUCGAUUCCGACUGCGAUUAUGUGACACUUCCACUUACCAUGGAAGGGGAGAGCUACAUCCAGGGUCAUCAAGACACAGCUCCAACAGAAGACCAAGAUGUUGAUCUUAUGGAUGAUAUUCUACCCACAGAUCCACCAGCUCCACCUCAACGAAUAGACAGCAACACUCAACGGUCAAUGGUGAAUCUAAGUGACAUUCGAAUGCGUUCGCCCCCGCCGUAUGGUGCCAGACACGAAACUACCGGUCUUUGUGGCCCACCCGUUCGAACAAGUGUCCCAAAAUCUGUCCUCCGUGAUCCACCACCAUAUCAGCCAAAACCGAGGCCAACAUCGUUAAUUUCAUCAUCUUCGUCAUCCUCCUGCAACAUGCAUGCAUCAAAUACAGCCUUGGGAUCCUCGGCUAGACCCGAAGAAGUUACCGCUCGAUUUAUUACAACCCGACCCCAAAUCAAUAUUCUCCAAGCACACACUAGUGUUGUCAGUGAGAAUCCAAAACCAAGUUAUGCGGCACCAACGAUUACCAGUCUACCAUCACAUCAGCCCAGUUACAUGGCGGCACCAACAACAUACAGCCACCCACAGCAACAGUCACAAAUCUCUAAUGUACCCAGCACAAUUGGUAUUCCUAUAGUUCCUUAUCAACAUUUGCAUGCGACACACAAAAGUAUGUCUGCCGCUAUACCACCUCCACCGCCACCUUAUCCGGAGAUCAAACCACCACCAACUAGAACUUGCGUUCUCUUACCGGUCAUCAAGCCCAGACAAUACCUGCCUCCACCACCACCCAGUCUACCACGUCAACCACCACCGCCACCACCUCCGCAACUGGCUACUGUUUACAAUGCCUCACACAUUGCUCGCAAACAGCAUGAGCUCUACGAACAACAAUUAUUUAGCGAUGUAAACUAUGUAAUUUAUCCCAUUCAAGAUCCUGCCAUUAGUCAGCAGGAGUAUCUAGAUUCAAAGCAGAGUUCUUUUUUAGCUGCAAUGGCACAAAGUCCACCGCCACAUCCGUAUCUAGCUUAUGCUCACAGUACCAUGCACAGUGCUCAUCACAUCAGUCCGUGGGAUACGUGCAAGGGUCAUGCCAUCUACCAAAGCACUCCUUAUUUACCAAUGGCAUUGUCAACGCAUUCUCGUUACGCGUCAACGCAAAAUCUUUCCGAUACUUAUGUUCAGUUACCAGGUGCUUAUUCGCCAUUAUACAGUCCAUCGGUUGCAAGUUUAUGCUCGUCGUAUGAGCCGCCACCACCACCUCCUUUACAUCCAGCUACUUUGGCAAACAGUUCGAGCUUAUUUGCUCGAUCUCGUUCGGAUGACAAUAUUCUGAACUCAAUUGAUGCAAUGCCUAAAAUGAAAAGAUUACCGCCACCACCACCGCCGCCAAAUGUGGAUAGGCGUUUAAAGAAACCUCCAAUGCCAGCACCACAUGAAAAACCACCUCCAAUUCCUUGCAAACCAUCUUCGGUUGGUUUAAGUUCACAAUCAGCAAUACAUACAACUCGAAACGUCAAAACACACAAACAACCAACACACUCACAGAGUGUUCAACAGCAACAACAGUUGCAUCAGCAACAACAACACCAACAGCAUCAACAACGCAUGCAUUUACUACGCAGUGAAGUUUCCACAUCUUCUGCACACUCAGUCACAACAAACAAUAAUAACGGUGCUAGUUCUUUGAUCACGAAAAAUGGCAACCCCAUUGACAUACAAUUACUACGUGAAAAGAGCCGCCAUCUUGAUUUACCGCUUAUAUCAGCAUUAUGCAAUGAUCGUUCGCUACUUAAGCAAACAAAGGCUUUCGGAACACCUAAAAAUGCACGAAGCAGCACUACAGCAGCAGCACCAGGAACUGGCCAACAAAUGAUGCCUCAGUUCCAUCCAAGUUUUAGCCAAACAGCUACAAAAUCAAAUCCUCCACGGUAUCCGGGAACACAACCAUUAUCAGGUGUAUCAAUGUCAGCUGUCAGUACAGCGACAACCGGAAGUCAACAUCAUCAGUUGUCAAAGCCACGCAAGGCAUCAAUACAUCAUCGACAUCCAAAUGAUAAACUUCCACCAUUACCAAUGCAAAUGGCUGAAGCGAAUAAUUAUGUUAUGGAUCCAACACCAGCCAUUUUGAAGCACAAGAGUUAUAACUCACAAACGUAGAGGGCACAAAAAAAAAAAGAAAACAAACAGAUCGGCAGAUCCAGGAUCAGAGAGCGAAUCAGAAUCCACUUGUCAAGCUACAUAGGAUGUGUGUAACCGGAAAUUAAUCAAACAAUCAAAUUUUAAAAGCGUACUAGAAAUUGUAAUUUUUUUGUUUGUAUGAAAUAAGAAAAAUGUUAUAACUUCCGGUUAAAGUCAAUCACAUUUAGUUACGGUUUUGGGGAGGAUUUUGAGACGUUUACUUUCUUUGAUUGUUAUUUUCAGUCAAUAACUACUGCAGAAUGUGUUUAAAAGAAAUGGAGUAAUGGUCUUAGCACGUUUCCCUUGAAAUUUAUUUGGUUUUCAAACAGAAGAUUCAUAACUGCAAGUAAUGUCAAAAAGUUCUUGACUAUGAUGCGUCUUAUUUGACGGUUAGGAAUUCAGCAAUUAUCAAUUCCAUAAGAUGUUCACUCGUUUGAACGAAGUAGGGAAACAGAACUUAAAUACAAAUUUGAAAGGAAAAAAGUCGUGUUCAUUUAGAUGUAAAAGUAAUGUAAAUGACUUAUGUUUCACAACUCACAAUUUUCAGAGGUUAAAGCUCUGGUCACAUUAAAUUACCAAACAGCUGCCUGUUGUCAAAUUUUAACAUGUUUAAUAUUGACAGUUUAAAACUGUUGCUUACUUUUAAAUUACUCACCACGUGACAGCACUGAAACUUAUGCUCAUUCCAACUGACAGCAGCGGUUUACUCACUUUACUAUCGGCAACCAGCUGAUUUAAGUGGUUAAAAAAAAAAAUAGAAUCUUUAAUAAUAACAAUACAAAUCCGAUUAUUUAUUAAACCAUAAAAACAUAUGACAAAACUUUGACAUUUAAGACAUUUGACGUUUUGAAAAUCAGUGACAGAGAUCCACUAUAUAAUAGUCAUUAAUUUCAUUAAAACUAGACCUAAUUUUGAAACAAAGCCAAAAAAAACACACGAACCAUUCCGUUUAGCAUUCCAUGACACAUUCUACUUUUUUUUAAAUUAUUUUAAAUUACUAACCCAUGACGCAAUGAUGCUUAAAAAAAAACAACUAAAACAUUGUAUAAACUAAUUAAACAAAAAAACUAAACAUUUUGUAUUUUGUCUAUUCUAGUCAUUUAAAAAAAAAGAAAAGAUAAAAAAACAUUAAUACUCAGCAUGGACAAUAGCCAAAGCAUCAAUUAUUGGAUUAAUUUUUGUUUCAUCAUUUUUUUAUACAAAAAACUAAAAAGAACUUGUUGAUAGAAUCUUAAAUAAAAAAAAAAAAACUAUUUAUUAACAAUUUGAAUUAAGUAACGGAUCAAAAGUCCCCAAACCCCACACUUAUCUGUGAUUGAUGAAUUUAUAUCUAUUUAGACGUAAGGAAAAAGUAUAACUUAAAAAACAAAACUAAAACUAAAAUUCCUUACGCUAUACUUACACUCCGUGUAUAGUUUGUAUCGUUUAAGAGUAGUAUUCGAUUGCCUUUAACUUGCCCACCGAUCGCAUGGAUUAAAAAAAAAAUUAAUAAAUAUUCUUAGAAUAAAAAUUAGGAAUUUAAUUGAAUAAAUAAUUAAAGUAUACUAAAUUUUUAUCAAAUUUUUAGGACAAAAAAAAAUUAAUUUUCUUCAUAUUUUUUUCGCCAAUUUUAAAUUAAAGAAAAAAUUAUGCAAUAGAAAAUUUUGUAAAACAAAAAAAAAAUAUAAUCGUCUUGCUUCAAUGUAAUUUUAAAAUCAUCAACUAACUUCUGUCAUUUAUCUAUUCGUUCUGUCAAACUAUAAAUCUUAAAAAACUUUAAGUUGCUCCCUACAAACAAUUUUGCUUCUCUAAAGCUUUGCAAAAGCAACAAAAGCACCUGUAAAGCUUUAUAGAAGCAAAGUUGUUAGUCAGCCCAGAUUGACAGCUGUCAGAUUUUUCGUUGAUUAUUUUAACUUACAUUGAACUGAGCAAUAAAAUAAAACAGCAAAUUAUAGUAGGGUACGUGUUCAUUAUUUUUACCAAUAAUUUGUUUUUGACAGACAGUUUUUUUUCACAUUUAUUUGUUGUCCUUUGGAAAAUACAAAACAAACAAACAAAAAAAAAAACUUAACGAAACAUGAAUGAUUUUUGUUUCAUUCUUGACGUAUUCUAGGUGAUAUAAAAUAUAUUUUAUGUCAUUACUCAGAUGUAAAACUACGUCAAAAGUUUGAUAUCAAAUUUUUCAUUCUGCCAUAUACCACAUUAACUUUAUCGUUUUUGACGAUUUUAUUUAUAAAUGAGGUACAGAAAAAUAUAAAAAUUAUACAAAUUUUUUUUCGAAUAAAAUAAAAUGUCACAAAGACCUUGAUUAAAGGUGUACACACAAGGCUUUUGCUUAUUCAACAGAUAACAUUCCAUUUUAAAAAUUAAAAAAAAAAAAAAAAAAAAA